CAGGAAGACGCCAUGGAGGUCGCAGCUCUCAUGUUGGUGCUGUUGGUUGUACAUGUGCAGCAAAGUUAUCCUCAGACAUCUGGUGCAAAUGUUCACAUUGUCCCAUCCAGACUUCAGCAGUUUGAAUACAAGCCGGUCUCUUUUACCUGCGAUGGAUUGAACAUCUCCGCUGGAUGGAAAGUGAGGAGCAUGAAGAAAUUCAUUCAGAGAUGCUCCAACAGCCCGACGUUGACCUGCAGCCUCCAGAAUUCCUUUGUGUCAGACAGCGGACAAUACUGGUGUGAAAAUGGAGAACAGAGGAGUAACGUCGUCAACAUCACCGUCACCGCUGGUUCUGUGAUCCUGGAGAGUCCUGUUCAUCCCAUAACGGAGGGAGAAGCUGUGACUCUUGGCUGCAGACACAAGACGACGUCCUCCAGCUUCACAGCUGAUUUCUACAAAGAUGGCCGCCUCAUCGGGAACAGCUCCACGGGAAGCUUGACGAUCAGAAGAGUUUCUAAAUCCGAUGAAGGACUCUACAAGUGUAUGUCUGGACAUGAAGAAUCUCCAGAAAGCUGGCUGGCAGUCAGGAGUAGAUCUAACACAGGUGGUGGUGUGACCCCAGAGAGCCCUGUGACUGAAGAUUCUAAAGGCACAGUGAAACAAAGUCAGGACUCAAACACACAACAAACACACAAAACAGUUGUCUUUCCAGCAGCACACCAAGAAAUUACUUUUUCGCUCCAUAUCUACGUCCUGCUGUGGGUUUCCAUUGCUGUUGUUUUGGCUCUACAGCUGCUAGUGUUGGGACUGCUUUUCUGGAAGAGACAACUUGUCUUACUAGAGAUACAAAUGAGUGACCCCUCCAAUGACUUGAACACAAUGCCCAACAAAGUCACGAAAAAGAAAGAUGCUGCAGAUAAUUUGAGCCUCGACUUCGAGACAAACCACAGCAAGAACGCAGAAAAAGAUGAAGACGAACCCCUGCCUCAAACUUUUCAAUCCACUCAAUGGUGACUCUCUGCAGGCUCUUUAAAAUGGUUGCUAAUGUUAUUCUUUACACACAUCACAUGCUUUUAUACUUCAAUGCACUUUGUAUGCAAUGUGAUAUUUAGAGCAGAACUUAUUGGGAUGGUUUAGUGUUUCAUUUGGUCAGGUGACAAUGAUGCCAAACCUGGAGUUGUGCCAACUGUAAUGCAGUUUCUUCACACUCAAGCAGUUUCUUUUGUUUGUUUGGUUUUUUUUUUUUGCUACUUUCACUUUUUUUUUUUUUCACUGGAGGCUCAGUUUUCUCUGUAACAUGAAGUCCUGCAGCUGUAUGGGAACAGAACAACUAAGAAGGAGACAGAACUCUGAAAUGCCAAAAAUGACUUUUUACUUUCCAACAAAGAGCCUUAGUGUGGUCAUGAGACUCUAUCUGCUACCUCUGGGAUGCUGUUAGGUUAAUCUAUGAUUUUCUUUUUGUUUCCAUGAUGAAUAAUCCUACCAAGCAGCUGAUUUUUAGCCUGUUUCUGUUUUGUCACAGAUCACUGACAGCAGAAUUUCCCAGAAUGAAGGAGAUAAUGGGAUAAUUUGCUUUCUAAUUAGUUACUGAGAUUGUGUUAAGUUGUGUUUCUUAGAUGUCCAUUCAGUGAAGUAUUUCGAUGUCAGUGUGUUUGUAUUCUCAAGUUUUUGAUAACAUAAAAGAUCGAAACAGUAAAGAUUUUGUCGUCUUGUGAGAGUUUUUACAGUACUGUUUUAUUGUAUGACCACUAUAAAAGACUGUGUAGAGGCUCGGUGGACAUAUUCCUCACAUGUACUAGAUAUUUCAGGUACUGCAUAAAACUACACUGAUCUUGUAGCUUGGUUACUGAGUGAGCACAAAUUUGGGCAAAGAAUCAAACAGAGUCCUCCAUGCAGACUGGAAAAGUUGACUUAUAAGCAGUAGUAUAGUAGUUGUAGCAGAUGUAUUAGGGAUUACCUAGUAAAGAUUGCUCAUUGUGAAGGCUGGUUUGAGGUCAGAACAUCAAAGAUAAGAUAAAACUACAGUGUUACAGCAGUUAAGUGCAAAAAAACAGAUGAGAAUGGGUGAAAAAAACUUAAAUAACCCAAAAAUAUACGUAUAUAUGUACUGUAUUCUCUACAUGUAGAAACUCUAGAUGUUGCACAGGUUCCUUUAAAUGUGGAAAAUAAUGUUAUUGCACGAAUUUGUUCUACAAGUAGAAAUGCUUUAUAUUCUAAAUGUGCAAAAUAUUCCCAAAAGAACUGUACUGAUGCUGAACUAAUAGACUUCUAAACUAAAGGAGGAAGUUGUCUUGAUUUUUUCUGACUCUACUGCAGAAGAUAUCAGGAAACUGAGGUCUUUUAUGCAUCUUCAUGGACCCUCCCUCCCACUGACAUCAGCUCCGGUGAAGCUCAAGCCUGCACCGUCCACCACAGUUAACCAAGCAGGAAGACGCUCUAAGCUAUGUUCACUUUAUCUGCAGACUCGCGAUGCUCAGAUAGCGAGGCGACAUGAAGCUUAGAGCCGCCUGCUUCAGAGCGUUGUUGCUGCUAGUUGCACUUGGUCACUUGAGUUCCGCUCUGAAAGGAGAUCCAGCUUCUCUUCAUAUUGUUACCUCCAAACAGCAGUUCUUUGAAUACGAGUCCAUCUUUUUUCGCUGUGUGGGGUUCGAUCCCUCGGUUAAAUGGAGAGGGGUGAGAAACGCCGACAAUUUUCUUCCAGCAUGUAUGAACGGCACGGGAAAGCCAACGAUGCACUGCAUCUUCCACGGUUUCGAAACGGACAGUGGAAAAUACUGGUGUGAAGGCGAAGGAGGAGAGAGAAGCAGCGUUAUCAACAUCACUGUUGCUGCUGGUUCUGUGAUCCUGGAGAGUCCUUCUCUCCCUGUGACGGCGGGACAAACUGUCAUCCUGGUGUGUCGAAACAAGGCAGCUCUUGCAAACCAAAGAGUUGAUUUCUACAAAGAUGGCCUUCACGUCGGGACCGGAUGCUUCGGAAAGAUGGUCAUCCAGGAUGUUUCCAAGUCAGAUGAAGGACUGUACAAGUGCAGCAUCUCCAGAGCUGGUGAAUCACCAGAGAGCUGGCUGACAGUGACGAACAGCAGCUUAAAUGAAGAAACCAAAGAAGUUGAUUCUGUGGUCCUGGACAGUCCUGCUCACCCUGUCAUGGAGGGAGAAGCCGUGAUGCUGCACUGUAGAAGCAACAUGUUAUCGGCCAACGUUCCGGCUGUCUUCUAUAAGGACGAGCUCUUCAUUGGGACCGGCUCUACAGGGACCAUGACCAUCCCCAGAGUCUACAAGUCUCAUGAAGGACUCUACAAGUGCAGGAUAUCUGGAGCUGGAGAAUCACCAGGAAACUGGCUGACUGUCAAAGAGCUCCACAGAGAAGCUUGCCUCUGGUCAGACCACUUCUUUCACGCCCUCCUCCUCUUGAGGACUGUUUUCACUGUAGUGAUGGUGGCUCUGCUGCUUCUGCUGGUGGGACUCCUUCACUUUGGGAAACUCGGAGGUAGACACAGAUACUUCACUUGAAGAUGAAAGGAUCACCAACAAAACAGAAAAGAACAAAAUAUGCAUUGUUGUAUGUUUCUUUUAACCUGCAAUCGGUACACAUUUAAUUUUACUUACAUUUUGUGCACUUAAAUGCAUCAUAGUGCCUGCAAAGACAGCGAAGAAGUGCAUAGUUUGAGGUUUAUGAAAGCUACGUGAGAAAAAGAACAGCUUACAACGUCUUUUACCACAGAAAAUACCUUGAGGAGUAUAAAGAAUAAAGAUGUUACUGAAGUUCUGUUCCCUUGCACUUGCAGUGGCUGAGGUCACUCUGAAAGCAGAACAGCUGAAAAACCACACAUAUUGUAAACGCACGUGUCCUAUUUUAAAAGGCGUGGAUUGAGUUUCAUCGGUACGUCUUCUUCGGUUUUAUUUAGACGUUGCAGAUUAAAAUUCAGGCCUCUCAAACACAAACCACCCAAGCAAAUGCAUGUCUAUUUUAGCGGAAUGAAUAUUCAAAGCCACAGUAAUAAAUAAUAUUUGCUUACUGCAAACUUCAACCUCAUGACUGUGCUACAAUAGCUCAACUCUGUCUGACCGCCUUUGUCUGGUGCUUCAUGCUUUAAUAGAUUUUUACUUUUGAUUUUUGGACAGCGAGAAGUUAUAAAUAGAUCAUGUAGUUUCUGUGGAAAUAUUGACUCAUAACUCUUUUUUUGGUAUUUCAACUGGUCUGAGAGGGAACUUGACGCUUCUUGGUUCGGAUUUUAUACUUGAGAAAAUCUAACCGGACUUUGGCGGGUCUUUUCUGAAUGAGGUCAUUGUUCCUAUUGGUUGUUCUGUAAAUGCACAUCCUUCUAGAUAUGGACAACCUGAUUCAAUGGCACGAAAUCCUACAGGGAAAGUUGCUGUUCCAGCUUCAGCAACAACUGUCUACACUGGAAAACAACCCAAAAACAGGACAACAGACUUUCCUUACCUGAGACGUGUAGUUCUGUAUGAAGUUGGAUGACACGAAAAAUAAUCAGCACUGAUUUAAUGUUUUGUAAUUUAUGAUUUAAACCUAAUUCAACAAAAAUGAGAACUUAAUUUCACUGUUUGUUCAGCAGAAAUGGUGCCCAGUACAAUUACGCCACACUGUAAAAGUCAAAGUAAAGUCGAGGCCACCAGUAAUGUACAGUUAUGAGUUAAAUUAAUACACUUUGAAAACAGAUGUAGUGAAACAUUAGCAUCACAUUCACCUUUAAAUUUCUUAAUGUUUGUAUUAUUGGUUGAAGAUGAAGUUGCUUUUCAA